UGUUAGGAUUCGUUGACCUCACACCUCUGUACUCCGAAGCCGUGAGCAACUCGUCUCAGGACCAUGGAGAGCUCUGGGAUUCUGACCGGAUUUUUGCUCUUCGGUCUUUUCACCGUCAUGUGCAACGGACAAGUGUCAUCCAUAGAAGACGCCGAUAACGCUAACGCGGACCAGGAAAAGGAACUUGUUGAAGCAGUGCAGGAACUCCUAGGUGGGAUGCGUGACAGGCUCCCAGCAGCAGAAAAGCGUGGAAUUCCAAGGUGUGCGGUGGGGUCCCGUUGUGCAAUGAGGCUGGGUCCACGCUUUGGUCAGCUCUGUGAAUGUGGCCGAGGAACCUAUUGCAACUCCUAUCUCCUCAAAUGCAUCUGAAAGAGUGCAGCUUUGUGAUCCACGACUGCCUGAAAUGCACGACACCUCGCUUUACCAUGUACAUGUUCUAAAUUUACAUAUUCGCAGGAAACAUGGAUUACUCUUAGAAUGAAGCUCUUAGCAUCUUAGCCUUAUUUAACUAGUUAGCCUGGGUUUUCUUUUUCUUUCUUUUUUGAAAACUUGCAUACUUUUUCAUGUAAUGUUUUUGUUUCUUAACAUUUUUUAACUAUAAUCAGUGUGCCAUAUUUGUGCAGCAAAAAGUUAAAAUUGUACAAAAUUGGUGUAGAAUUAGCAACACAAACUGAAUGUGUGUUUUUGUUUUCAUGCAAAAUGUAAAUAAAAUGUCUUUCGAUAUUUCAAUUA